AUGGAGGGCAAGGACACGAAGAAAAAAAAGAAGAACAUUAUAAUAAUCAAUGACAAGGGAGAGAUGCGAAGUGUUGCAAAGAAGACGCUGGAUUCUUCUGAGUCCAGCCUGGCACAAUCCAAAGAAGUUGGGGAGGUAGAUGAGGUAAAGGGAAUGGAGACGGAUGCAGAGAAAAAGGACGAGCCGGCUAUGGAGAGCAAAGGGUGUUGUAAGAAAUGCUCGAAUGGCGAUGCUAGAGGAUGCCAUAGCGAGAGAUCUGGAAACUACUCCGAGCAACCUGAAAAGCAAGAGGCAGCAGAUGGCGAGGACAGCAGCAAGAAGGAAAGCCCCAGGGAGGAGCAGACUCCUCUUCUGGACAAGGAAGAGGCCGAUGAAAAGACUGAAGAAAAUGCGAAGCCUUCUUCCGAGAAGAAAAACGACGCCUUCAUUCCUCCUAUACUCGGGACAUCAAUGACGGUCGCCAACAAGGAGAUCUUCGAGGACAGAGAGAAUGGAAACACGGUGGUCGAGGGAUGGAUGUGGAAGAAGAGGAGGAUCUUCAGCUGCUUCUGGCAUCGGAAGUACUUUGUCCUCACAAGGGAGGGGAUCCUGAAGUACUACAAGGCCGAUGGGAGAAGACAUCCAAAGGGGAACUGGAAUAUGAAGGACUCGACGGAAAUCAGGCACUAUAACCUUCCCAGCGAAGAAAACAGCCAUCCGUUCAGAGUGCUGGUGUUUUUCCCCGACUUCUCUUUCCUCCUGGCAUUCGAUGAUAAAAACUCCAAGGACUACUGGGUAGAGAAGCUUAAUGAAACCAUCAGAAGGCUGAAGAAAUAG